UCUUCAUUGGCUGCAUCAGAGAGAUGACUGCCCUCAUGCCGGACUCCUCCUCCAAACCCACCAUGCCGCUCGAUAACCACAACAUCCUCCCCAGAGUCCUCCCCUUCUACCACCACUGGAAGAACAUCUACGGUACUCUGCUGUCUAUUCCUCUUCUUCUCGGUGUCCUCCCCUUUUCUUUUAUAGCUUUUGGUGUCUCUGUUUCAGGCUCCCCCUUCCUGCUGUGGUUUGGGGCGACGCCGCGCCUGGCCGUCUCGGACCCGGAGCUCAUCCGGGAAAUCCUCCUAGCACGGUCCGAUGUCUUCGAGCGCUACGCACCACACCCGGUGGCCCGGCAGCUGGAGGGAGACGGGUUGGUGAAUCUCCGGGACAAGAAGUGGGCGCACCACCGCAAGGUCCUCACCCCGACCUUCCACAUGGACAACCUCAAACUGCUGAUGCCCUUCAUCGGCAAGAGCGUGCUCGGGAUGGUAGAGGGGAUUCCGAGCUCCGGCGAGGAAGUGGAAAUCAACGUCUCCGAGUGGUUCCAGACUGUGGCAGAGGAGGUCGUCACCCAAGCCACAUUCGGGAGAAGUUACGACGAGGGAAAGGCUGUGUUCCAGCUACAGAGUCGACAGAUGACGUUAGCGGCCGAAGCUUUUCGCAACGUCUUCAUUCCUGGCUUCCGAUUUUUGCCCACGAAAACGAAUACAAAUUCGUGGAAAUUGGAGAAGGAAAUCGGGAGACGCUUAGUCGAGUUGAUCAGCCGGCGGAGGGAGCGGCCUGAGGAGGAGAAAGGAUCGACCAAGUCCCAUGGCAAUGCGAAGGAUCUGCUUGGUCUAAUGAUAGAUGCAGGCGAACCGAAACAGAGAAGUACCGCGUCGUCGUCGAUGACCGUUGGAGACAUUGUGGAGGAGUGCAAGACGUUCUUCUUCGCCGGGAAGCAGACCACCUCCAAUUUGUUGACCUGGAUGACGGUGCUUCUGGCAAUGCACCAAGAGUGGCAGGAGCGCGCCCGGGAGGAGGUCCUCCGGGUCUGCGGCGGCCGCGACGUGCCUUCCUGGGAGCACCUCCCCAAGUUGAAGACGUUGGGAAUGAUAAUCCACGAGACGCUACGGCUGUACCCGCCGGCGGUGGCGACGAUCCGGGAGGCUAAGAGGGACGUGGUGCUGGGCGGAUACUGGAUCCCAUCGGGGACCGAGAUACUGAUUCCCAUCAUGGGCCUGCACCACGACGCCGAGCUGUGGGGGUCCAACGUGGCGGCGUUCUCCCCCGAGCGGUUCGCAGACGGCGCAGCGUGCGCCGCCCGGCACCCGACCGCGUUCCUCCCCUUCGGCCUCGGCCCCCGCAUGUGCAUCGGCCAGAACCUGGCCAUCCUUGAGGCCAAGCUCACCAUGGCCGUCCUCCUCCAGCGCUUUGCCUUCCGCCUCUCGCCCUCCUACGUCCACGCCCCCACCGUCCUCAUGCUCCUCUACCCCCAGUACGGCGCCCCGGUCAUCUUCCGCCCUCUCACCUCCUGA